AUGCAAGAUCAUCUCGCAAAGAGUAGGAGCCUCUGUCGAAGUUUUCUAAGAGCUGCAUCGUAUCUUCCAGAUAAUUUUGCACGGGCAUACAUCCACAAGCAUAUAGUUCUCCGGUUUCGUGAUUCUCUUGAUAAGCAGCAAUCUCGUGCCAACAAAAACCCAUGGCGUUCUACGGGACUUCAUAUUACCACCACCGAAUUAUCAAUUAAUCGAGCAAUAGCCAAAGGCCAAAAAAAGCUCAAUGUUUUGAUACGUGCUGCACAGGGUGGUCGUCAAUGUUUGAGUAAAGUCCUCAUGAUUGUCCAUGGAAGAAUUGGGCGACGAAAGCGAGAAUUGAUAAAACAACUCCUCGAAGACGAUUCCGAUGAAAUUCCAGGAGAUACGACUGCUUUAGAAGCAAUGCUUAAUGAAGAUAGGGAUGGGAAAUUUCAUUUAGAAGGUCUACUAGCAAGACCCAAAUUAAAUUCAUUUCUUUGUAGCCAACAUCUAAACCAAGAAAAAGACGUUCGUGGUACGAUAAAAACUACUACACCAAAAAUACCUGAAGAAAAUAUCUGGGGCCGAACAUUGCCUCUGAAAAGAGUAGAGUCUAUCAAGAGGUGCUGGUGGGCUAGUACCUUGAAAAAUAUACUGCCACCUCUUCCGAGAGAUGAAUUUGAGCGACUAAAGGGUUUAAGCAAUGGCAAAAUACCUCUUGCUGCUAUACCUCCUAAACGAUCACCAGCAAAGCCACUUUACAAAUGCAAUGACAAAAAAGACGAGUUACAGUUCAUUCAAAUGCUCAGAGCGCCCCUCAGAAAAAUAGAUGAGCUACAGAUCAAUAGCAUAGAAUGUACAUCCCAAGGGUUGAAAAUGAAACAUGAUACAAGUGUAGCUCAAUCACAGAGCCAAGACUGGCGAGAAAAAAAAAUACGUUGUCCAAGAAGUAUGCGUCGGCUCUAUGGUAAGAUAUGGAGCUUAACGUCAACUAUUUCUGAAGAUGUAAAUACAGGUAAAUGGAUAGUAGAAUGGGGACAUGGGAGCUCGAAAUUUAUGUCUGGCCAAGUGAUUAGACCUCAUCCAAGAGAUGCAGAACUUUUCCAGGGACUUGAGAAAUUUUACGUUACAUCCCUUACAAAUCGAAAGAAAGUUAGGCCUUCGAGCCAUAUAGCUGCCCCACCUAGCUUAUGCUAA